AUGGCCUCUCAGCUAGGCGGAAACCUCAGUGCAGAGGCCGGGCGUGUCCUGGGCACUGCGUCUGUCUUGGGAACACAGGCCAGGGGGUCGGAGGUGGACAUCCUCCAGGGUUGGAGGGAGGGGUGCUUGUCGUUACAGACCGCCGCGCUGCAGCCCACCCCUGCCCUGGGCCCGCCUGGGAGGCUGGGUGGCUGGGGAACCCAGGGUGUCCAAGCCUUCUGUGCAGGACCCUGCCCAGGGCCACAGCCAUUCACCCCCAGGCUGAGCUCCGUCCUGAGUCCCGUUCAGCCCCCCAGCUCCGGAUGUGGCAGGAGGUCCUAG